GCUGAUGUGUACAGGAUCUGGCCUAACACCCAAGCUGACGGUGCCACAUAACUAACAAUGGCCACACUGGCAGCAAUGGCAGAUAUGUUGUAUGAUGCCAUCAACAUCGGAGAUGUCGACACCGUUAUGGACCUGUUAAAGAAAGGUGCCAACGUGAAUGUGCUUCCAUCAUGUGGACGGACAGCUUUGGGUCGUGCAGCACAGUUAGGACAUCUGGCUAUUGUAUGCCUCCUCCUAGAUGCAGAGAAGUUUUACACUACUCCAGAAGAGGAGGAUGUGGACACAGAAGCCAUGUUGUCAUGUGUCACAUCUAGUGGCAGCUCACUUGCUCAAGCAUCAAGCACUCCAUCGUGUGUUUCACUGGUCACUGCCACGUCUCCAGAUCCAUGGUCUUCACCUGUUAAUGUAACCUCAGUACCGGCUGCCUCAACUUCCACUCUCCGUCCUUCGCUUGGGUCUUCUUUACGAAGUCCACAGCCACAUAAAUGUUGCUCUCCAAGUAUUGAUUCUGAAACUUGUACAUGUAGUGAUGAGUUGUGGGGUUUGGACUUAAGUGAUACAAAUCAGCACAGCGAUUGGGAAGCUGGAAGAUGUAAUCGGGACCUUCCUAGUAACAAUAAUGAGGAAGGCUCAGAAACUGAGAUAGAAGGAGCUUAUAGUGUUCCUGUGUGUAGCCACACAACGAGCCAGUAUGGUCCUAGCAACAUCGGUUAUUAUGUUUAUGAAUAUCGGGAGGAAGAUGAGGAUACUGGGGAAUCUUCUGGUCCUGUUUUGUCAUCCACUGAAGAUUCAGAUUCUGCUUUGAUGGCAGAGAGACGUCAUCACCACCACCUUCAUCGACAUUCAUCUUCUAUUCUGUUGCAGCGCACACUUGGCAGAGGCAGGGCUAAUAUUGUAUCAUCUGAUUCUGAAUUUGAAACUGAAAAUAAAAGACACAGGAGGCAUGCUCGUCACAAUCACCGCUCACACCGCCAUGAAAGAGACAAUGGCCGCCACAAAGCAUUGGUUAACUCUCAUCGGUCAAGUCCAUGGUUGGCUCAGCUUCACUCUGAAUAUUUGUCCCUUGGCCUGACUUCCCCCUGGUCUCUAAGCCGCAGCUGUGAUAUCAAUCAACAAGAUGCAUAUGGGAGGUCAGCACUGCACUAUGCCACUGAGCAGGGUCAUACAUAUAUUGUUCACAUGCUUAUCAAAUCAGGGGUUCGUAUAGACACUCCAGAUGCUGAGCACAUGACUGCCCUCCACCUUGCAGCGCAGAGAGGCUUGGCAGAGGUUAUUACACUAUUGCUGGAAGGAGGAGCAAAAGUCAACACAAAAAUGAAUGAUAAGAGUUCUCCAUUACACAUAGCAGCUUCAAGAGGUUAUACAGAUAUUGUGGAGACCUUACUGGACCGUGGUGCAAAGAUUGAUUCCCUGGACAGCUCUGACCGCACUGCACUUAUUGUGGCUGUUUCUCGCUCAAACUACAAAGUUGUACAACUGCUUCUCAAGCGAGGUGCUAAGGUCAACAUAGAGGAGAUUCAUGGAUAUACACCUUUGUGUGAGGCAGUGUGGCAUAAAGACAUCAAACUUGUCCAAAUGCUUCUAGCAGCAGGAGCCAAAGUGACCCAGUCACACUACCUACUCCACUAUGCAGUCCUUCAUAGACACUAUCAGUUGGCAGAACUGUUGCUGGGUGCCAGGUGCAUUGUAAAUCUACGCGAUGACAAUGGAGACACUCCACUCAUUAUUGCUGCCCGCACCUGCCAACCUUCUAUUAUAAAACUUUUGUUGAAACAUGGAGCCAACACCAAUUAUCCCAAUGGUCUCACUGGCACAACACCUCUCCAUGAAGCAGUUGAAGGAACUCGUGAUGCUCUCUUUGCUGAUUUUGGAGUUGUUUUUCUUCUUCUACGUAGUUAUGGUGCACGGUUAGAUGUAGAAACUGUAACAGCAGGAGACACACCCUUGUACCGUGCAUUAUUAUUGGAGAAGAACAAAGCAGCUGCUCUUUUAAUAAGACAAGGGUCUAAUGUAAAUCAUCGGACUCCAGCUGGUACCCCCGACUACCUUCAUAUGACUGCUCUUCGUGGUAAUGCACCCUUGGCCACACUGCUAGUAUUGGCAGGUUUUAAGCUUUGGCAUGCAGACUGGCUAAGUGGUAUCUUCACACCAGGCACGCUUCUAUCAAGACUUGCUGCUGUUAGGUCACAGCCCCUCACACUUGCUGAUUUAUGCAGAGUUGAUAUACGGUGUCGGCUUGGUGAGAGGAUCCAAGCAAGCCUUGAAGUCUCUUCUCUACCUCCAAGAGUAGUAAGAUUUCUUAUGUUAGAAGAUGUAGCAGAGGUGGAUCUCUGACAGCCACUACAAUUUUAGGAACAUGAAAUUUUAGUAAUAUUUGAGUAUAUUGAAGGUAAGGUAUAAUUAUGUGAUGUGUAAGUGUCAGACAUUAAUGUAAAGAUUGUGUUAACUUGUCCUUUCAUAUUUUCUUAUUUCUCCCUUUACUUUUUUGAGAGAAACCAACAGUUAAACUAGUAUUACUUGACCACUCAUUAGAGCUAGUGGUUAUACUGUACCUUGUGUUUUAUUUAUACUGAUCACUUGCCUUACUUCUGCUGUAUUAGUUUUACUUAGUAAUACAGAUUAUUUUGCUAGCAAGUUUGGGACAAAGGUAAAGCCCAGUCUUGGGUAGGCUUUCUAAUAUUUAAUGUUCCUAAGAUAUAAAAGGUGCUUUUGGAUUUAGUAAGAUUUGUUUGGAUACAAACCAAUGAUUAAAUGAAGAAUCUCAAAUUUUAUUUUUCAUCUGAAUUUACUCUAUGGGUUACAUAUCUUUUCUUAACUUUCAUUGUCUUUUUUGGUGAAGCCAGUGAAGAAAUCUAGUUUUUCCAGUUAUAUUUUAAUCAUAAUAAUUCAAAAUAUUUGAGUAAUUGUUUAAUGCUUUACUAACAAAUAGUCAUUUAUUGUAGUCCCUUGAUAUUUGUUACUUACUCUCUAUAAUUUUUAGCAUUCCAAUUUUUGCUCUUGUAACACAAAAGUUACAUACACUGUCUGCAGAAUUAUAAUCUACGUUUAUUUACAAGUAAUAACAUUAUUUUUAACCCUUUCAGGGUCCGUCCCGUAGAUCUACGGCUUUACGUUCAGGGUCCAAACCGUAGAUCUACGUCAUGAGCUCAGCUCACUCUGAUAAACUGUGAGUGGUACAUUUGGGCCUAGAUAUGAGAGAAUACAUCUAUGUAGUAUGUGUGCACCACAUAAAACAAAUCCUGCAGCACAUUGUGUAUAAUGAGAGAAAAAAAACUGAGACCAUGAUUUUCGAUUAAAACAGUGACUUUGCAAUGUUUUUUCGUACGUUUUUUAUAGUUGUAUUUGCGAUUUCUUGGUCUCAUUUGAUAGAAUGGAAGGCAUAUUACAGAAAUAGAUAUGAUUUUGAUUGGUUUUAGCACUGGAAAUGGCUUGAAACUGAGCUCAAAGUAGCAGAAAUGUUAAAUUUUUGCCGAUAUUCAAGAGUAAACAAACGACCUCACACGUCUAAUACA